AUGGGUCCAACCAACCGCCGCGAACGACGUCCCCGUACCGUGUCCCACGAGAAGGGCGCGGUGCGUCGUGUAUCGGAUGAAGCUUGUCCGGUCGACGAGAUCUGGGACGAAGGUAGUUUCCAGUCAUCUGACGCCACUCACUAUGCCCUCCAAAGGCUCAACCGACUCAUUGAAAACAGAAUGGAAAAGCUGCGAAUCAACACCACACGCCUGAAGCGCGAGCUCUGGCUACUGCAACGCCAUGUCAAAGAAUUCCGCCAUCCACUCUUCGAGAACUGGGAAGCCGAUAUGCUGACGCGUCUCAUUGAAGUCGCAUACGCAUUCGAGUAUCGGAAAUUGCCAGGUGGUGUCGUGAUCGGGAAGGAGACGGUCUCUGAACGUGAGAACCUCACCCGGGCAUACAGCCUGGCAGCCAGAGAUAUUCGUUUGAUCACUAUUCGGAGACUCGGAUUGUCAGAUCGCUAUCACGAAGCCUUGCAACGAUAUCCAGAGGUUGCCCCCUACCGAAGUCAGAAUCCUUUCCGAACGGAGUUCGCUUUUGCCAAAUGGCUCGUCGAAGAGAGGGAUACCCGACCAGAACUGUAUGGGUUCUGGUCCAAGCUUUUCCCGGUCUGCUAUGACCGCAGCGUUCAGCAGAGCGCCUCCAUCUUCUGA